CAGCCCCGCAGGCGGUUCCGGUCAGGCCGGAAGCACGUGGCCCCCCCACCCCAUAGCGGUUGCCUCGGAAACGGGGCUGUUUACCAGCGGGACCCGGCAGGGUGCCGUGCCGGGGUGCAGGCAGCGGAUGGAGCAGAGCAGCGAGGGACCUUGAGAAGCGAUGACCAAAGAAGCCCUGGUGAACAUAGCAGCAGUCAAGCAUAACACUGUUGCCAGCCCAGCAGCAGACAGCUUCCUUUGGCAGCCAGGCUCACUCCAAAUGCAUCUCACUCGGCCCAAGUCCGCCAAGGGACGAACACGGCCAACUCUGCACCGAGCCCAGGCCCCGGAGGUGUGUUCUCGGCGUGUCCCCACUGCUUCCCCACUUGCUGGUCUCUGUGAAUCCUCAAGCAGCCAAAAGCCAGUGGCCUGUGCACCCAGGUCUCCAAACCAGGGUGCUCCCGAGGGCCUCCCUGAGUGGUGGCAGCAGCAGGGGCCCACGGGGGCCUCUCUCAACAGGUACCCGGUCCUGCCUUCCAUCAUGAGGAAGAACCUGGUGGCCGAGGCUGUGGACACAGUGGCUGAAAAGGCCAGCUUGCUGCAGCUGGGCAACGUCCCGAUGCAUUCCCCAGAGGACACUUACAUGGCGAAGACUCAGGAAGAUUCCAGAGCCCUGGAGAGGAACUUCAUCACCCAAACCAAGACCCAGGCUUCUUGGGGGGCUGGGCACCUGGAGGAACCAUCAGACCAAGAACCCAGGCUGCUGCUUGCUGUCAGAUCCCCUUCAGGUCGAAGGUUCAUCCGCCAUUUCCGGCCAACUGAUGAGCUGCAGACCGUGGUAGCCGUGGCCGAGCAGAAAAACCAGACCACCUAUCACCCGUGCAGCAUCGAGACCAUGGAGGUGCCCAAGAGACGGUUUUCUGACCUCAGCAAGUCUCUGCAGGAGUGCCACAUCCCCCACAAGUCAGUGCUGGGCAUCUUACAGGAAGAUGCGGAGUGCAGGCUCUGAUUCCCCAAGCACCCAGCCAAGGCCCCUGGGGCCCAGGAGCAAGGGAUCUGGCUGAGUCCUGUGGCCUCCCGGGUAGCCUGGGUCUGACUGCCAGGUGGGUCUCGGGCAGCCGCAGCCCUCGUCCCUUCUGAGGUUGUGAAGUAUGCAGAUGUGCUGAGCUCCCAGCCAAGCCUCCCUGGCUGCAGCGAGCUUCUCUGCAUCCCCACGGUGAGCUGGCAGGGAACCAACCAGGUCCUGCUACAACAAUCCACUAUGCUUUCUGGAGCAGCUGCUUGCCUUCUGUCUGGACACCAGCGGGUGCCUUUCUGUAUUGAACACAGGAUUAAACAGUUCCCCGAGAGGA